CGACUUACCCGCCUUUUUUUUUUUUAGAUGUUAUUAUAUUGGUCAGAGUUUAAGUACUCUUCAUCGUUGGAGGGAUACAAUGGCUAUGUAUGAACGAGCAUUGCUUCACAUAUCUUCUGCUAUUAAUCAAGUCGAUGAUGAUUUAAAGACUCAUUUGAGUAACUUGGUGAACACCAUUGAGUCUUCCAAAUACUGCGCUCAUGCUCAAAGUGUUCUCGAACAAGAUAAUGAGGAAGAAUUGGAUAGUUUGAAAAAUGCUAAACUGCAAAAGAUGCCUUUAACAAAACGUUUGGAUGAAUAUUAUGAAGAUUCAAGUAUAUUGGGUAAAGAUCCAAAUGUCAUCAAAGUACCACCUGAAAUGGAAGAAAUACCGUGCAAGCCAUUGUUCUUUGAUGUCGCAUUAAACUUUGUUAAACUACCAGUGUUUAAGAAACAACAACCAGUUUCUGACCCAGCUAAUAAAGAAGGGAUUUCCGGGUUUGUGAAAGGUCUGUGGGGUUGGGGUGGAAAAAAAUAGUGUACGUUUAAUAAACACAUUUAUAUUUUUGAACUUUUACAUCCAAAAAUUAAUAUGGAUAAAAUUCUGUACAUUCAAAUAUUAUUUUAUCUUUCAACAUAGUUUAAAUAUUAAAAGUUUGUUCAAAUAAUGACAAUAUUUUAUACAUAAUUAAAUUUAUGAUUAAUUCAUUUUUUCUAUAUUAUGUUUAGCUGGUAAAAUAUAAUAAUUACUGCUAAUGAAAGUAAAGUUGUGUUUUUUAUAACACGAUGUUUAAUAUUAAGGAAAACAUUGUUAAUAGCUAAUAACAUGAUACAUAAUAUUUACAAAAUUCAUAAUAAUAGUUUGGUAAUGGUAUAUUUGAUAUUAUAAUGUUGAUGAUAUAUAAUGCACUCACGUAUAAUAUUUUAAUAUUAGUUUUUAAGCGACAGUAGUUGCAAGAGUUGAAUAUAAUAUCCAAAAUAUGUACACGGAUGAAAAUCAAUAAAAUAUACAACAAAUUUGCAAAUCUUU